AUGUCCAUCACUACCCGACCCUCUCUGCCUACAUCUACAUCUGACUUCGCCCUGCCCUCCUCGCCAUCGACGUCUCUCCCAACGACCUCCUCGGAUGACUUGAGCCCUUUCAUGUUGCGGCUGCGCCGCCCGAGCCUCCUUGGACCCCGCCCCGGAGGACUGUCCCUAUCUGCGGAAGCCCGCCUCCACAGCCCUCUCGUAACCUCCUUCACGCGCCGCCAUAGCUCAAACGGGACCGGAGAUGAUUCUGAGAGCGAUCGGGACAAGAUGUCAACAGACAGCGACUCCGGGAACGCCACGCCCCUCCUGCCUGGGCCGUCCAUAGACUCCGAAAGCGACACGAGCAUGAAGACGAACCGGCCACGGACUCCCCCGCGCCUCGCCUCCGCCUCGAGUUCGAGCUCGGGCAUCGACGAGCAGAUGUCCGGCAUGCGCCUGCCCCCGCGCAGAUUGUCGAAAGCCACGAAGAUGCCGCAUAUUCAGCGGCUGGUCGCGGAAUCGCACACACAGGAGAACGAGGUGCAGUCGGAGGCCCAGUUUCAGCGUAUGCUUGCGUCGUUCAGCAUGCAUCCGCGCACGCCGCGCGCGCCGUCUGACCGCGGCCGCUACCCUGAAGACGCUGCCGAGGAUGAAACACAAAGAGAGUCGACGCCGAGCGACGAUGAGGAGCUGGACGAGUCGGUACCAUUCGCAUACACCGACUCUGCUGCGGCCACGAAGCCCGUAACGCCUGCACAGAGCAUCUGUGGGGACGACCCCUCGAUGCUGGAGAGCCCUAUUGGGUUCGCAAUGGACGUAGACAUGCCGUCUUCGUCUGUUGGUUCUCCCAGCAUCUCCUCCUGGAGAUACACUCCCCCGCCCACAUCUACCAGCGCUGUGCGCAACAAGAGGAAACUCGACGACCGCUAUGAUCCCUAUCCAACCGCAGCCAAACGGCGAGCGGUCUCGCCCUCAGUAAAUCACCUCCGCAUGGCCAACGGUGCGCCUCGCCUCAGCAUGCCCAUACCCAUACCCAUCCCCAACGGCAUCCACUCCGGUGCCUCCUCGCCCGUGGUGCAGGGCUCCAGCUCGUACUUCAGCACCCGCCAGAGCUUUGGCUCUGCGAGCGCGAUGUCGAGCCCUACGUUGCGCGCCCAGAUCGGUCUGUCCAGCCCCGUGCUGCGGCCCAUGACCCGCGCCCGCCGCGAUGGCGAGCGCGAGGUCGACGGCGCCGAGGAAGGCGUGAACGGACUGAGCAUCGGAUGA